AUGAUAGAACGCAACGGUAAUACACAUAAUGACAUGGGCUAUGACAAAGCCAGUGGAAAGUAUGCCACGCCGGCAGAGAUAGAGGCCAAGCGGGAGGCCAGGCGGCUGAAGAAGCAGAAACUGCGAGAAGAACUACUCUCAAGGGGACUGGACCCUGACUUCCCUGCAGAGUGCCAGUUUAUUGAGAGACCCAUAUUGCUGGUUCCCCAUGGUGACAACUACGAGCGUGGCUUACCUCUGAGCAUUAUGACUUAUAACUGCCUAGCACAAACCCUGAUCAGAAGGGAGAUGUUUCCUGAAAGCGGUCCUGCAUUGAAAUGGUUUGUGAGGUCAAAAGUUCUGCUACAUGAGAUCAAGCAUUAUAAUGCCGAUAUCUGCUGUCUGCAAGAGAUAGACGAUGUCCAAUAUGACUUAUUUUGGUCUGAAGAACUGCCAAAAUUUGGAUACAAGACAAUAUACUUCCACCAGGAUAGCAAGAGUCAUGGAGUUAUGAUUGCGUGGAAGGAGGAGUUGUUUCAACUUGAGAGUCACAUGAACAUAGAAUUUGACAAAGAGGCACCGGCUGGUAUACAGCCCAGGACAAGGACAAACAAUGUGGGCCUGCUUGUUGCAUUGGCUUUCACUGAUGCAUUCCGGGCACGAAACAAUAGGAUAAGAACCAGCAGAUCAGGGGUCAUCAUUGGCACAUUCCACUUGUUCUGGCAUCCAUUUGGUACCUAUGAUAGAACAAGACAAUGUUUGGUCAUAAAGAAGAAGAUACUAGAGUUUGCAGGCACGGUGAAAGGCGACUACUGUAAGAUGUUCACCGGAGACUUCAACUCUCAACCCAACUCUGUCCCGUACUUGGUACUUACACAGCCACGCGCCCAACUAAAUACUCAGCAACGCACCUCCAUAGAGGCCAGCACCGCGUACCGCUACUCAGAGCGGCGUAACCUCGGCAAAGAGUACAGUAUGGAAGAAGAGGAAGAGGAAGAGGAAGAGGAAGAGAAGAGAGAGUACGAGUACGACCAAGGCACUGAUCCGUGGAAUACUCCGAGACCCGAUGAGUUCGACUCUACCGAGGAACAACGCCAGCUGGUGAACAACCUGAUUGAUCGAUGCAACGACGUGCCCUUGUGCGCCACGUCGCUGUACUCGAUCGGCUACCACACGGUAGACCCCACCCACAUCGCAGACCACCACGAACCCGAGCUCUCGAGCUGGUCCACCAAAUGGGCUGGCCUGCUGGACUACAUAUUCUACGUGAACCAGAGACCAAGCACACCCGCAACAUUCGAGACCGCAAACAACAUUGCCAUCGCGGGCUACUUGCAAAUGCCUACACAUGCACAGAUGCACAACCACUCCCAGCCGUACACAGGAGAGUACCCAUCAGACCACAUAUCCAUGAUGUGCGCCUUAGAAAUAUACUAG